AUGACCGUCUCCACAAACUCUAUGACCGGUGUCGGCCUCGUCACUGGCGGUGCUUCCGGCAUUGGCGCUGCUACCGUCAAGGCUCUUCUGGACGCUGGUGUUCGUCGUGUCAUUGUCGCCGACCGUAACGAGGACCUUUUGAACAAGUUCCGUGCCGAGCUUGUCCAGACUUACCCCGACGCCGAUGUCGAGGUCGCUGUCGUCGACGUCAACGUCGAGGAGCAGGUUCAGGCCAUGGUCGCCCAGGCGGUGGACAAGUGGGGCCGUAUCGACUACUGCCUCAACUCGGCUGGUGUUGCUGGUGGCGGCUUCAAGAUUGGCGAAACUGCUCUUGAGGAGUACGAACGCGUGAUCAACAUCAAUGAGCGCGGCACAUUCCUCUCGCUCAAGCACGAGCUUGCCCAGAUGGCCAAGCAGGAGCCUCUGAAUGCCGGACCCCGUAGCCAGCGCGGCGCCAUCGUCAACAUUGCCUCUAUUGCCGGAUACAAGGCCAUCCCAGGAGGUGUAGCUUACACGACCUCGAAGCACGCUGUCGUUGGCAUGACCAAGGUCGCCGCUGUCGACUACUCUGGCCAGCAGAUCCGCAUCAACGCCAUUGCGCCCGGGUGGAUUGACACGGCCAUGACCCGGAAUAGCCCUGGUGCGACCGCCAUGCUCACGCAUGGCACGCAGCCUGAGCGCUGCCCCGCCGCCCGCCCUGGUCAGCCCGCGGAGAUGGCCGACGUCAUCACCUUCAUGCUCUCGGAGAAGGCCUCGUACGUCAACGGCACGACGUGGCAGGCCGACGGCGGCCUCAUGACUCACUAG